AUGGCGGACCUGAGCUACAUUUCAUGUCCAAAAACUGACUAUAUCCGGUACAUGUCAAUACCUGACAUAUUGCAAGAAAGGAAGAAUGAGGCUCCAGAAAAGGAAAUAUUCGUUCAGAGAUUUGAGGGAGGCGGUAGGAGGUCACUGACGUAUGCUGAACUUCUGAAAAGGUCCACACACAUCGCCAAAUAUCUUACCGCUAGAGGAAUAGUGCCAGGUGACUGUGUGGCCAUUAUUGGUCCCAACUCCAUCGAAUGGAUAAUAGGCCAGUUCGCCAUCUUACUAACAGGAGCAGUUUCUGUCCAGGUUCACAAGACAUCAGAAUCGUUCGCCGAGACGGCCAAGCUACUAAAGUCCACACAUAGCAAGGCUGUAUUGCUCGAUCCUGAAUCGGACGAAAACUACAUAUCAGAUAUGGAAGCGUACUUCACUAGUGAGAAAUCACCAAAAGGUAAACCGAUAGUUUUGUUGCUACAGAAAUCAGCACUGUCUUCUCUCCCCUCGAUGACUGACGCUAUACUGACUACAGAAGAGGAGGUAGUUGCAUUGCCAAAAAUACAACCAGAAAGCACAGCCAUCAUUUUUACGACUUCUGGAUCGACCGGAGUUCCAAAAAUGGUCGAGAUGACUCAUUUGUCGAUAGGGAAUGCUUCCUCUGCCACUUUUAUGGGAAUAGGAGGAGGAGAUAGGUCAUACGGUACUUGCUACAACGACCGGCCGUUUACCUGGAUGGCUAGCAGUCCGAUAUUCAGCAUCCUAAAUGGAAAUAAACGAGUGUUUGUUGACACCGCGAUAGGCAUGAAAAAAGAAAACAUCAUGGUUAUAUGGGAUAUAAUCAUGUCUGAGAAGUGCACAAACGCCAUGCUACUCCCAUAUGCGUUGCUCGAGAUCAUUGACAAUCUUGACGUUAUCCUUAAACAUGGCUACGUUUUGUACGCCAUUGGUACCGGUGGACAGCAUGUCGGAUCUCAUCUCACUGCAAUAUGUGGUACAUGUACAGAGAAGUUCUUUAUGGGGUAUGGUUGUACCGAAGUUGGAGGAGUGAGUUCUAUUGAACUUACCAAAGAAAUGGAGGAAGGGCACGUAGGAUCACUGUUUCCAGGAUGUGAAGUCAAAGUCAUCGGAGGCAACGGUGCAACACUGAAUCGUGGUCAGUUGGGUGAAAUUCUUGUGAAGUCACCAUGGAUAUUGAAGUCCUACAGGAGUUCUCCUGAGUUAAACGCAGCCUCAUUUGCGGAAGGGGGCUGGUUUCGAACCGGAGACAUCGGGAACAUUACCGUCGACGGCAAGUUAUUUGUGAAAGGGAAAUCUAAUGAUGUUAUUAUGCGUGGCGGUUUGAAGGUUUUGACCAGAGUGGUAGAAGUAGCGAUGUCUAAACUCCCGGGUGUAAGGGAGGUUGUAGUGAUAUCGGUACCGGACGACCGGCUCCUAGAGGAAGUGUGCGCCUGUUACAUACUGGAUGAGGAUGUAAAUACUUCAGAAUAUGAACUUGACAAGAAAUGUCGAGCUAUCCUCGGGGAUAAUGUGCUGGGUAGUACACCUUCCUACUUUCUGAGGUUCGAUAAGUUUCCGAGACUUAGAAAUGGUAAGACGGACACUAAAUUAGUUAAAAGUCAAGCCAUGGAAAGACUUGAACGCGGUUAA